AAAUUUUGUAAAGAGACCGUGGAGCCCUAAUUUUCCUCUCUCACAACAAUGUCGGCGGAGCUCCUUGGCAGGAAGCUUAUCGAUUGUGGCACCAAGAUCGUCGCGGUGGGGAGGAAUUACGCAGCGCACGCAAAGGAGCUGGGGAGCGCCAUUCCAAAGGAGCCAGUGCUCUUCCUCAAGCCAACGUCUUCGUACGUCCGCGAGCCCGAUCCGAUCGAAAUUCCAAAGCCUAUCACGGAGGUGGAUUAUGAGGCAGAGAUUGGUGUCGUGAUUGGAAGGCGAGCGAAGGAUGUGUUUGAGGAGGAGGCCUGGAAUUACGUGAGAGGCUAUGUUUUGGCAUUGGAUAUGACUGCGAGAAGCCUUCAAAACGUUGCAAAGGAAAAAAGUUUGCCAUGGACAGUUUCAAAAGGCUACGACACUUUCACGCCGAUAAGUAAAUUCUUCCAACUGAAGAAAACGCCCAUUCCACCGCUCUCAUUUUGGCUCAAGGUGGAUGACCAGACGAAGCAAAAGGGGUGCACAAGUGAUAUGAUCUUCAGCAUCCCUUUUCUCAUCCAUUACAUAAGCGGCAUCAUGACUCUCAACGAAGGCGAUAUGAUCCUUACUGGAACUCCCCAUGGCGUUGGACCCGUUAAAGCUGGCCAAACAAUCACCGCUGGCAUUGCGUCUCCAGCGGUUCAAAUGACGUUCCCAGUGAUAACUAGGCCGGACCCGGAACGCACAAAGUCUCCAUUCCUCUCGGAAUCUCUGGAUGGAACCGAUGUUCCGCAAUGAUCCAAGGCUCCAAUCUACCGGAACUUUACAGGUUCGAGAGCAAUAGAUAAGGUGUGGCAUCCCAGGCUCUCGUCCGGAACGCGUUUUUGGCUGCUCGGACCCCGAGCACGGACUCGUCGUGGAUCUUGCAAGAACUAAGCAGUGCCGCCCAUGAAACAGAAUCAGGCCUGAAAGGCAUACUUUGCA